CGCGAUGCGCUCCGGGACCUUCUGAGAGGAGACGGCGCGUGGGCGAGUCCCUCCGGCGCCGUGAGGUGUGUGCGCGUGUUUGCUCUGUAUGUUUAAGCCGAGAAGGAGGAGACGACUUGGCUGUGUUUUUCCCGUCUCCCAUCGCAGCCGAAGCUGCUCCGAAGGCAGCUGCCGCGGCCUGUCUCUUUAAGUUAGAACAUUUUUUGAAAUCUCCCUCCUGAAUGAAAGAUGAGGUUGUGGUACUUCCCAGGGUUCCUCAUAAUCAGUUUGCUGUACUUCUGGAUCCCAUCAUCCAUGUGCUGCAACAAAGCUCUCUGUGCUAGUGAUGUCAGCAAAUGCCUAAUACAGGAGCUGUGUCAAUGUCGACCUGGUGAAGGAAAUUGUUCUUGCUGCAAGGAGUGCAUGCUUUGUCUAGGCACACUUUGGGAUGAAUGCUGUGACUGUGUUGGUAUGUGUAACCCUCGGAAUUAUAGUGACACACCUCCCACUUCGAAAAGUACUGUGGAGGAACUGCAUGAGCCGAUUGCUUCCCUUUUCCGAGCACUUACAGAAGGCGACACUAACCUGAGCUGGAAAAUUGUGUCCUUUCCCGUUGCAGAGGAGUUAUCGCCUCAUGAGAAUUUAGUCUCGGUUUUAGAAACAGUGAACCAUCCCCAGCAUCACAAUGCUUCCAUUUCAAACAAUGUUCAUCCUCCAUAUUCUAGUGAAAAAGAACGCAUAUGUACUGUGGUUUACUUCGAUGACUGCUUGUCAAUAUACCAAUGCAAGAUCUCUUGUGACUCUAUGGGUGCCUCCAAAUACCGAUGGUUUCACAACGCCUGCUGUGAAUGUAUUGGACCUGAUUGUGUCGACUAUGGGAGUAAAAUUGUAAGAUGCUCAAAUUGUAUGUUCUGAAAUUAAACCAUUCAAUUUUAAUAUGGCAGACACCAAAGAAUGUGUAGGGGUGGGAGGCAGGGAGGUAUACUUUGCAUAUACAGGUAGUCCUUGACUUAACAACAGUUCAUUUAGUGACCGUUCAAAGUUGCAGUGGCACUGGAAAAA